GCUGUGUCUGUGUAUAACAAGUAAUGAUAUGACCCAGCUGUAACCUAUCUGCCAUUUCUCUCUGACCAGAGCAAAGGACCCCCAUGCUAAAUCCUGGGAAUAGUGUGUCCUUCUUCCCAAUGAGAUUUGCUGUCAGACUGGAGAGCCCCCAGCCAGAGCACGUGAUGGAUUGAGCAGCGGAGAGAGAGAUAGAGAUAGAGGAGCAGGAGGAGCAGGAGGAGCAGGAGGCUGGGAAGGCCCAGAGGAAGGAGGAUGAGAGAGGGAAGCGCAGCCUCUUUGAAAAGACAGAGGGAAAGAUUCGCCAGACACUCAGCAGCGGAGGGAAUCGCUGGACAGAGAGACAGAGGGAAGGGAGGCGGGGGGCCGCUGAGAGUGACAGAAUUAAGUGCUCGGAUAUAAAUGAGAAGGUGGAACCGUGACAGACUCAUCUCCCCGGCGCUAUGAGCAGCGCUAGUGAAUAACCGAGCCACAGUCUCAUGCGGAUCUACCUGCAGCCUCGUCAUGUCCACGAGGAAAAUCUCAUCCGAAUCGUUCAGCUCGCUGGGCUCGGACUGUCUGGAGACCAAUCCCGAGGAGGAAGCCGAGUGUCCCUUUGCCCGGCUGUGCUGGAAUGGAAACAGGAGCCCCCCUGCUCCCCAACAGCAGCGCCCUGAGCCGGUUGUGGGAGCCAAGAGGGCGACCAGGAGGAGACGGGUUAAUCUGGACUCGCUGGGGGAGAGCAUCCGCAAACUCACCUCUCCUACGCCCCAGACCAUUCAGCAGACUUUACAGAGGACACUGCAGGGCUAUGAACACCAUGUCAUUGGUUGCAGGGAUGCUGAGAGGAACUUGCACAAUGCUUCUGUCCGAUGCACUAAUGCAGAAAACUCUGGGAAGGAAGAUGCUGAGGAUAUCUCAGGAAUUCUUCAGUGUACGGCUAACAUGCUCGGCAUAAAGUUUGAAGAAUUGCAAGAGAGAUUUGGUGAGGAGUUCUUCAGUAUCUGUUUUGAGGAGAAUGAAAGAGUCCUCCGAGCAGUGGGAGGUACACUACAUGACUUCUUCAAUGGGUUUGAUGCUUUAUUGGAACACAUUAGGACUUCAAUUGGAAGACAGGUGACUCUUGAAUCCCAUUCUUUCCUAUGCAAAGAGCUUGCCGACGGGACCCUACUACUCAGCUGCUUCCAUCUACAUCAUAUUGUUGGGUUUGCCAUGAAAGGUUUGAUAAAGGCAGCAGGAAAGAAGAUCUACCAGUUAAAGGUUGAGGUUGAACAAGUCAACAAUGUGAAUGAAAAACUAUGCCCUGAAAUCAUAAAACCGGGUAACUUGAACUGUCUUACCUUUAAAAUUAAAGAAUGUGAUAAUGCAAAUAUCAUGAAAGCACCUCUACUCCCAUUGUCCCAAGUCCCAUCAGAUUUGAGGAUAAGUAUUAACACUUUCUGCAGAGCUUUUCCUUUCCAUUUGAUGUUUGAUCCAAACAUGCUGAUCCUGCAGCUCGGGGAAGGACUCAGGAAGCUGAUUAAAUGUGAGGUUCUCAAAACUAUGAAGUUUAGUGACAGUUUUGAAAUAGUGUCUCCAAAAAUCAGCUGCACAUUUGAACAAGUCAUUUUGAGACUGUCAACUCCCUUUGUCAUACGGAAUAAACCAGAUGCACCCGCUUUUGAAAAUAAAGAUAAGGUGAUGGAAGUUAAAGGACAAAUGAUUCAUGUUCCUGAGUCCAGUUGUAUACUGUUUUUGGGAUCCCCCCGAGUCGAUAAACUAGAUGAACUGAUGGGGAGAGGCUUGCAUCUUUCUGAUAUCCCUAUACAUGAUGCCACCCGGGAUGUUAUACUAGUUGGCGAGCAAGCUAAAGCUCAAGAUGGUCUUAAGAAACGAAUGGAUAAACUGAAAGCCACCUUAGAAAAGACACACCAGGCCCUAGAAGAAGAAAAGAAGAAGACAGUGGAUCUUCUUUGUUCUAUAUUCCCUGGAAAUGUGGCCCAGCAGUUAUGGGAAGGGAAGUCUGUUCAGGCCAGAAUGUUUGAUGAUGUCACCAUGCUCUUUUCCGACAUUGUUGGCUUCACUGCUGUUUGUGCCCAGUGCACUCCAAUGCAAGUCAUCAGCAUGUUAAAUGAACUAUAUACUCGAUUUGACUAUCAGUGUGGAUUCCUGGAUAUAUAUAAGGUGGAAACAAUUGGAGAUGCUUACUGUGUAGCAGCGGGACUUCACAGGAAGAGCAACAGUCAUGCCAAGCUCAUUGCUCUUAUGGCUUUAAAGAUGAUGGAACUUUCAGAAGAAGUCCUCACUCCUGACGGAAGAUCAAUCAAGAUGAGAAUAGGAAUUCACUCUGGCUCUGUCCUUGCUGGUGUUGUUGGUGUAAGAAUGCCACGUUAUUGCCUGUUUGGAAAUAAUGUUACUCUGGCUAGUAAAUUUGAAUCAGGAAGCCAUCCUCGUAGAAUAAACGUCAGUCCAACAACAUACCAACUAUUGAAAGAUGAAGAAAAUUUCCACUUUGUACCCCGUUCUCGCGAGGAGCUUCCAGAAAACUUUCCAGAAGAAAUAUCUGGGAUUUGCUAUUUCCUGGAGGCCAACAGUGGUCAGAAGCAACCAAAGCAUUCUUUAACAUCUGUUAGAAUGAGAAAGGUUUCCUACAACAUCGGCACUAUGUACCUUAGGGAGACGAGUGUAUGAAACCGUCUGCAGAUUGAAGACUUUUUAAAAAUAAAAAAAGCACAAACCCAAUAUUGGGUCAGGAUUGCAGAGGUUCUAUCUGUUUCAAUGAAUAGUUGGAAACAGCAAGAGCUCUGCAUAAUGUCAGGCAAUAAUCAUUUUAUUUUUUGUUCAGAGGUAGUUGACGUGUUAUGAACACAGCCUUCAUUAUUAUUGUAUACAAUUAAUGGAGGAUAGAAGUUGAAAGAGUUUAUCUACUUCCUAGAUAAUAUUAGUCUAUGAACAGACAUUUUAGAUUGACUUGGAGCAACUGACUUUCAAUAUAUUCAUUUUUUUUCCGUUAGAAGUCUGAAAACGAAUAAUAUACUCAUUCUUUUAAUGAUUCUCUCUUGUGUACCAACUCAUGCUCACUCAUCUGCUUGUGAACGUGUGCAACUAUUCGCAAAAUGUGAACGCAAACUACCUGAUCAGGGUUUAUUAAUAACCGUCGUCAGCUGAUGUGGAGAUGUAGAUUAGCUGACAUCUACUUGCAAAACAUCAUUUCAAUUUUUAGCACUGCAGUGGAAACAUGGCCAUUGAUACGAAUACAAAAUGACAGAUAAUUGGUUUAUAAGGUAAUAGCUUUGUGUGAUUUAUAAUAUUCCAUCUGGGACACCUGUAGAUGUGUUCACUGAGGAGGGGAGUGUACAAGUCUUCAUAAAGGCAUGCGUCAAAAGAUCAUCCAUUUUUUCUUGAAUCUACUUCUCUUUUAUUGUGUUGUAGGACCGUAAGUGUUGAGUGUAAAUGGUAACAAAAUGCCCAUUUCCCACCAUAGCACCUGAAUGUACUUUCUGUAAAACUCAGAUAAUUCAUAUACAGAUAUUUAACCUUGCUAUUUACUUACUAUUUUCAUCAGUGUAAAUAACCACCAAGCUUCUUUGAUAUACAUUGUCUGUGACAAAAUAACAUAUUACAUUGUUUUCAAUAGUGAAUAUAAAUCUGUUCUUAUUCUUGGCGAUCCAUAGAUCCCUAAACACUCACAAUCCCAUCAGGCCCUAUUAUGCAUACUUUCAAAAAACAUUCAUACGUGAAUCUGGGGGCCAUGUAGAUUUCAUCAAAGUGAGAGAAAUA